AAGUGAAUAGUCGGUGGCGGGCUGCUGCUGCUCCUUUUGAAACGCCCGCGCAACUGCGCACGCAUUCACUUUUCUCUCUCUCUCACCAGCCUUCAUCGCCAUUGAAAAGCGUGCCUAUUGCGCAUGCGCGUCUAUCAAACUUUGCGUCCUGGCCUAUCAACUGCCCAUUCCCUACUUGACCCGGCACCGCCGUAACAGCCGCGCAUGCGCGCUGUCUCAGAAUCCCGCCAGCUGCACAUGCGCACCGCUAAGCUAACGGCUAUUCCCCUCCCCACGAGUUCCAAAAGACGUUUUAUUGCUGUUCCCACCUAAUUACGCAAAAAAAAGGAAAGUAUGGAAAUACCUUGGCCGGCGGAUUUAGUACUGAAAUCACGGAUGUGAGUGCGGUGGAAGAAAAGAAAGAAGGGCGGCUGUGGGGCCCGAGCGGGUGCGGGAAUAGGAGGGAUCCUCCUUUGUUUUAUUCGCCGUGUGGAAGGUGCGGGGCCCAGCGGACGUUCCGCCGACAUUUGUUUCCGUCCCCCCCAACCCCCACCAUCACUUACCCUUAGCGUCAGGCCGGCGAGCUUUGUGUUACCUCCUGAAUCCCGUCGUAGCAGCAGGUUGUUGAGAAAAUAUCGCCGAAUCAUUGCCUGAGAAGGUGGGGAGAGACGAACGGAGCAGGAUCGCUGUGUUGUCGAUUAAUUCGGUGCCUCCUUCCUCCUGUCCUGAGGACGCAGAGAGGGAGAGCUUCUCCCCUUGUCUUCCUUGAUCAAUGACUCCCAUCCUCGGCUGAAGUUUACGCACCGAUUCCGUCCCUUUGCGUCUACUUGGAUCGAUGAGGCGUGGGAAAUCUUUUGCACAACACAAGAUCGGGUUGUUUUGUAACUGCAUUUUAUCCACCUGCUUAAAUCAGUGUCUUUUAUUGUCGGGUUGAUCAUGUUCUGCACCAGAUUUCAUCGCCUGUGAGAAUUUACUCUACAAAGUUUCAUGUUGAACUCUGCAAUCACUGGAUUGAUUUAUUUAUUUAUUUAUUUGACUGAGGGUGGGGAUCUUAUCACAGAUACAUUCUCACAUACUCGCCAUGAAUAACCUGUCUCUGAGUGAGCUCUGCUGCCUGUUCUGCUGCCCUCCCUGCCCUGGUCGGAUUGCGUCCAAACUGGCCUUCUUGCCCCCCGAGCCUACAUAUGCGCUGCUGGCUGAUGAGGCUGGGGGUCGUUGGAGCCUGCACCUGUCCGAGCGGGCUGACUGGCAGUACUCGCAACGGGAGAAGGACUCCAUCGAGGCCUUCAUGACCCGGACCAGCCGGGGCAACCGCAUCUCCUGCAUGUUCAUUCGCUGCUCGCCUAGCGCUCGCUUCACCUUGCUCUUUUCGCAUGGCAACGCCGUGGACCUGGGCCAAAUGAGCAGUUUCUACAUCGGCCUAGGCUCCCGCAUCAAUUGCAAUGUCUUCUCCUACGAUUACUCGGGCUACGGCGCCAGUUCUGGGAAACCUUCCGAGAAGAACCUCUACGCAGAUGUGGACGCUGCGUGGCAAGCCCUAAGGACCAGGUAUGGGAUUCGUCCAGAGAAUGUGAUCCUGUAUGGUCAGAGUAUAGGCACAGUACCUACAGUGGAUCUGGCUGCUCGAUAUGAAUGUGCUGCAGUUGUGCUUCAUUCUCCCUUGAUGUCUGGUAUGCGUGUUGCCUUUCCUGAUACCAAGAAGACAUACUGCUUUGAUGCAUUCCCCAACAUUGACAAGAUUUCGAAAAUAGCCUCUCCAGUGCUGGUCAUCCAUGGGACUGAAGAUGAAGUAAUCGACUUCUCACACGGGCUUGCGUUGUAUGAGCAAUGUCAAAGGCCGGUAGAACCACUGUGGGUAGAGGGAGCUGGUCACAAUGAUGUGGAACUCUAUGGACAGUACCUUGAAAGACUGAAGCAGUUUGUUUCUCAAGAACUGACAAAUUCUUAAAUGAAAGUUUAAUAUGCAGGGGCUUUUUUUUUGUUUUGCUAUUUUAAAAAAAAUCAUGACUGCUUUCCAUUUCUCAUCGUCAAAGCAUAUAUGCAACUGUAGUCUAACUGAGAAAAGCCUCAAAGGGCUUUGCAAAAAUGAAGAACUGCCCUUAGGAUUAUAGAGGUUUGUAAACAUAAAAAUAGCGAUAAUUGCCAGUAUUUUUACAAAAUAUAUAUAUAAAACUGGAGCAUGUAGUCAGUUUGUCAAAUUGGUUUAGGGUGACGCUAAAAGAAAUACAUUUCCCCCAUUCUUCUAUUCAGAAAUUUCAGAUUAAUAAUGUGUAAAAUAUUCCUUCAAUAAUUGUGCACAUUGUUGAUUUGUGUAUAUUGCCAAAUUGAUUUGCAUAUCAAUAAGGAACAGAAUUGGAUUGAAUAGGCCAUCUGGAAUGCAUCUUAGUAAAUCAACUUCAAUUUACAUGUAGAGCAAAAAUAUUACUAAUACUGGAAAUCUGAAUUUGAGGAACAGAAAAUGUUGGAAAUUAAUUUCAGCAGGUCUGGCAGAGUCUGUGUUGCAAAUUAAACUGUUGAUGUUUUCGAUUGUAACUUGUCAGAACCAGCUUCCAGCUUGGAAUAUAAAAUUCUUCUUCAAGGCAUCCAUGCAUAAAUUUAAAUCCUUAAACAGGAUUUUAGUAAUAUUUUCAAAAAAAUACACAAUUGAAAUACUUUAAAAACAUGUAUUAAUAAAAUCUAGACAAUUUACAUUUGAUCUGAGCCGUUGCAGGAAGCUGGCCAGAUAUUAAUGUAUGAAAGCCAUAGUGCAUGCUGUGGUUUUUCAAUUCAAUAAAAUAACUUGAAUUUCCAACAGAGACAUAUGUAAUGUAAAUCUAAUGCGAUACAAGUCGUGAGACAUGUAGCUGCUGAAUUAUUCAAUAACGCUCCAGUUACGUGCUUGGCAGGAUAGUGUAAGCAGGAAGUAUUGUGGAGUGGGGUGGUGGUGCUGGUGGACAUGGGCUCAGAAUCUCGGCUUCAGAGUUGAAAGGACAAGAAAUAUUUACCCAUUACACAAGGCUCAUAUCACCUAGCAAAUUUGAUGCAAUCAAAUAUUGCAAGCAGCUUUCCGGAUAAAGCUGGUCUUAAAAUUUUCAACGCACGAGGAUAUAUUUCAAGUGCUGAAUUUACUGAGAUGCUAAACUGAAAAAUUGUACAUACAGUUUGUUUUGCACACAAUUUUAACAAAUUUGUGGCCGCUCAGGUUUUGAUUUUGUUUUGCUGAUCAUGUGAAUAAACUCUGGUUUCAGAUUACACAUAUGUACUAUAUGUAAAUGCAAGGGAGAUACGUGUUAAAACAUACUUAACAUCCAUGACUUGAAGGAAUUUUUUUUUCAUUUUGCUGCAAAAACCUUUUGUAAUGAGGUAGUUUUAUCUUCUCCCCAUCUUUUUGAGGGUAGGAUAAGGAAGACUGGAGAAGGAUGCCAAAUCAUGUUGAAUUGGACACUAAUUAGAGGAUGGUUUUAAUAAAAAGUAACCAACACACUGUAAUACAGCAUUCUUUUCAGGUGUAUUCCCUGCUUCCCCUUCCCCCCCCCCUUCAGUGUUGCAUACGUUAAGCUUUCUGAACAUUAUAGGGCCAUGUGGAGUGAAUGCAUUUAAAUGGAGAACGCAAAGGAUUUUUUUUAAAAAGGAAGGGACAGGCUUUAACACUAUGUAACUCAAAGUAGCCUUACAGAAUUGCGACUUUUUUUUAAAUGUGAAUGUGUAAAUGCUUGUAAUUCUUGUAUUUGAAUUUUUAUGCUGACGUAUAAUCCCAUAUUUCUGUAUAUCAUGACCAAGUGCUAUUUAGCAGUCAGUUGUAUCUUGCCUGUGGAAUAAUUGUACAAGUCCGAUUUAUACAUUCAGUGUCAAAUAAGAUAUGGCAAGCAGGCAUUGCCAGCGUUGAUGCAAUAUGCUUUGUUCUAAUAGUGCUAUAUUCUAAGCUUAGUACUUCAGGAGCCAAAUAUUAAACUCUGCUGGAGCACCCGUCUUUAAAGACUAU